AUGAACGAGGAGGCAAUUCUUUGCUUAGUGAUUUGUAUUUGUACUUUCAAAGCUGCACGAUCCGCACAKCACAUCAAUAAGCAGGGGGAAAUCUCUUUUCUUAAUUUGUACCAAAGUGCAGAAGGAAAGGUUUUCUCUAAGCUCGGCAGUCUUUUAUCCAACCAAACAACUGGAAGCAUUGAAGAAUGYUGGAUCAACUGUGUACAAAACAAGGAAUGUUUGUCGGUGAAUACCGUUGCUUUGGACAAAUCCCGAUAUCAAUGUGAGCUUCUUAACUGGGCAGGAACGGGAUUUGAGGGCCAUCUUGUAUCAAAAGCCAAUUCAUCUUUCCUGCAAUCAUAUACGGCUUGCGUCUCUAACCCUUGCCGAAAUAGCGGAAAAUGUAUAGCCAAAGAGGGAGGAUCUAACUUCACUUGUGAUUGUGCUGUGCCAAAGGGAAAACCUUUAUUCACUGGCAGACGUUGUGACAAGCCGUUCAAUUGUGUUUUGUUUGACUUUGAAUCUGGGCGUCUUGACGGUUGGACCUUGUCAGGAGAAGCAUUCAACAGUCAGCCCACCUACGGAGACAACUACAACGCUCGCUCAAACRGUUUGUCCAAUAUUCAAGGAGACUGGUACGUAUCAACAUACGAAAACCGACCCAGUCCCUCUCACAAAGCAGGGCAAGCACAAGGAGAUAAGCCAAUUGGAACCGCUACGUCACCGAAGUUUGUCAUCCGAGGCACAAAACUCAGGUUUUUGAUUGGUGGAAGCUCUAACUGUGAUCAUCUCCGACUAGAGCUGCUUAUUGGUGGAACCGCUGUUCGAAAAGCCUGUGGACGAAACGUGUGGACAAUGGCGAUAAAAGAAUUUGAUGUCUCCGCUUACCAAGGGAAGACAGCCCAUGUUAGAUUGAUUGAUGAUUCUGAUUCGUCAUGGGGGUUCAUCAUCGUCGAUCAGAUUGAGGACAGUUAUUGUUCCGAGUAAUUAUGCACAUCAACCAAAGAUGUUUAACUUCGAUUUAGCUUUUCGUAGACUGAGUACCACUGGAAUGGGGAAAGCCGAUAUCAUUUUCAAACAUAUCAUUAAGAGAAUAACAGAAAAUAAAAAAUGGAAAUCAUCUUUKAUCCCACUAAUUUAAGUCUGAUACUGAAACACAAGCAAACUACGAUAUUCUACUUUUCAACGGUUAUUUUCUCUUGUGAURCCUUACUCACACAAACUACCAUAUCUAGACAGGGAUUACCCGGCAUCCAACAUAAUGCAGAUAUUUAUCCAAAUCUCUCGUAUUUACUCUUUGAUUAAUGUCGAUUAAUCUUUUCUUGUCAUGAAUUCGUUACGUUAAUUAUCAGUGCAUACGUAAAGACAAGUUACCGUAUCACAGGGUAUAAUAA